AUGGGUCUUGUAAAUCACGUUUUUACUGGAGACAAUUUGAAGAAAUUAUAUGUUUCAAAUCUUGGAAUUGGACACACGAGGUAUGCCACUACAGGAAAAUGUGAAUUAGAAAAUUGUCAGCCCUUUGUUGUUGAAACACUUCAUGGGAAAAUAGCUGUGGCACAUAAUGGCGAAUUGGUAAAUGCUGCUCGAUUAAGGAAAAAGGCAGAUGAAGAAAUUAGACUCUGCUACCUGUUUGAUAUUUUAGUAGUGGCCAAUAUGAAGUGUAUUAUACUGAUACUUUUUGACAUCACACAAGAAGAUGUUUUGUUUCUGGCUUCACCUCUGACCUUUGAUCCUUCUGUCGUGGAAAUAUUCCUUGCUCUAUCAAGUGGUGCCUCCCUGCUUAUUGUACCAACUUCUGUCAAAAUGCUCCCAUCAAAAUUAGCUGCUGUUCUCUUUUCCCAUCACAGAGUGACUGUUUUGCAGAUUCUUGGUGGCAGAAACAGAGUGUGUUUUCUUGAUGAUGAAGUGACAGUACCGCUUGGCACAAUGCGAGCCACAGGAGACUUUGUGACUGUGAAAGAUGGAGAGAUGUUUUUCUUGGGACGAAAGGACAGUCAGAUCAAACGUCAUGGCAAACGUCUUAACAUUGAACUUGUGCAACAGGUUGCUGAAGAACUUCAGUACGUGGAGUCUUGUGCAGUUACGUGGUAUAAUCAGGAAAAAUUAAUUCUCUUCAUGGUGUCCAAAGAUAAUUUAGUAAAGGAUUACAUCUUCAAAGAACUGCAGAGACAUCUUCCAAGUCAUGCAAUCCCAGAUGAACUUGUUUUGAUUGAUGUUCUACCAUUUACAUCUCAUGGUAAAUGUGAAAUGCCUGUACAACUGGGAUUUCCACUGCUUGGAACAGUAGUUGAAGUCAGAGAUACUAAUGGUUUCACAAUUCAAGAAGGCACUGGCCAAUCUGUCCUGAGUCUCCCAGAAGAUCUUUUGAAGGUUCCUGACGAAUCACUCUUCUUAAAUAGUGGUGGCGACUCCUUGAAGUCCAUACGACUCCUCAGUGAGAUCGAAAAACUCAUUGGUACCUCAGUACCCGGGCUUCUGGAAAUGAUCCUCAGCAGUUCCAUUUUGGAGAUUUACAAUCACAUCCUUCUCACACUGUUUCCAGAUGAAGACCUGACAUUCAGCAGGAGUUGUGCCACAAAAAGGAAACUCAGCGACAUCAAUCAAGAGGAAGCUGGUGGAAAAUCUUCACAUCAGAAAUCUACCAUGACUUUAAAUUGCAACAGUGAGAUGAAGGCUUUUGUUGCACUCAGCAGAGGGAGUCGAAUUUUGUCUCUGAAUACUACUAUGUCUUUAACUAAGUUAGGGCACUUCCCUUCAGUCUGUUCUUCUGACUUAACGUCACAGACUAACAUUCAAAAUCUGAAAAGCUUAAGUCCUCCAGCUCUUACUGGGAAGUCAGAAAAUCCAUCCUUUGUUGCAAAAGUUUCUAAAGAGGGGAAACCUGUGACAGAGGCUGAGAAAAUGGAGUUAUGCGUGAGGUGGAGGUCAGACACAGGCAAAUGUGUAGACGCUUCACCGCUAGUCGUAACACCAGCUUUUGAUAAGUCAUCCACAACCGUGUACAUUGGUUCCCAUUCUCACAGAAUGAAGGCCAUCGACCUUCACUCGGGGAAGGUGAAAUGGGAACAGAUUUUGGGAGAUCGAAUUGAAUCCUCAGCAUGUGUAUCUAAGUGUGGAAAUUUUAUUAUAGUGGGCUGUUAUGACGGAUUAGUAUAUGUUCUGAAAAGUAAUACUGGAGAAAAAUACUGGAUAUUUACUACUGAGGAUGCUGUCAAAAGCUCAGCGACCAUGGAUCCAACCACAGGGCUCUUGUACAUUGGAUCUCAUGACCAGCAUGCGUAUGCUUUAGAUAUUUAUGCUACUGGGAACAGAAUUUGGAAACAUUCCUGUGGAAAACCACUCUUCUCUUCUCCACAGUGUUGCUCGCAGUAUGUUUGUAUUGGCUGUGUAGAUGGGAACUUACUCUGCUUUACUCACUGGGGAGAACAGGUUUGGCAGUUUUCUACCAGUGGACCAAUCUUUUCAUCCCCAUGUACCUCAGCAUCAGAGCAAGACGUAUUUUUUGGUUCCCAUGAUUGCUUUAUCUACUGUUGUAACAUGGAAGGUCACCUCCAAUGGAAAUUUGAAACUACUUCAAGGGUGUAUGCAACACCGUUUGUUUUCCAUAACCAAAGUCAGAGCAAUGAAAUGUUGCUGGCAGCAGCAUCUACAGAUGGGAAACUGUGGGUCUUGGAUUCUCAGACUGGACAACUGCAAAGUGUAUAUGAACUUCCUGGCGAAGUCUUCUCUUCUCCUGUGGUCUGGGAAUCAAUGCUCAUUAUUGGGUGUAGAAAUAAUUACGUUUAUUGUCUGGAUUUAUUGGGUGGCAAUAAAAAAUAAUCAGGAACAGUCCUUUUAAUGUAUAUCUGUGAGACACUUGAAAAUAUUUUACCAUUGUAGAGCAUGUAGAUAGUCUUAUAUUAAAGAUUAUAAUUUGAUUAAGAAA